CGUAUACCUCCCUGUAGAUAAAGCAGUCGGUGCGAUUUACACUCGACUGGAUCUACUCCUCUCGAUCCCCCCUCUAUAUUUCCCCAUCAGAUUCUUAAUCAAUUCGACCCAAUCAGCCUUCUCCCUCUCUCUCUCUCUCUAGAGUCUACUGGGUUUUUGCCAUUUUCUGAGGCUGAUGAUCUUCAAAGCUUAACACUUAGUCAGAUCUUUAAGAACAAUCCCAAAGGUUUAUACAGGAAACACAAUUGUUCGAGUCAUGGCUCAGGGAAAAUAUUCCCGAGUCGAUGGGAGGAAAUCAUCGUGUUCCACAGCUACAAUUGUAGUUGUUGUUGGAGUUUGUUUAGUUGGGGUAUGGAUGUUCAUGUCAUCAUCGGCUGCCCCUGGUCAAAAUCUUGACCUGCCCUCUGCAGAAUCGAGGCAAAAGGUGUCCACAAAAUCGUCUUCCCAAUUUGAAGAUAAUUCUGGUGAUCUUCCUGAUGAUGCAGUGAAGGAUCAAGAAAAUACUUCAAGUGAAGGUGAUACCAAUUCUGAUGAGAAAGAAUCUAACACAAAUGAUGUUGAAACAAACACAGGAGAUGAUUCUAGUUCAAGUGAUGAAAAGUCAAAUUCAGAGGACACAAACUCAAAUUCUGAUUCAAAUGAAAGUGAGAAGAGUAAUUCUGGAGACAAUGAUUCGAAUUCUGACACAAAUGAAACAGAGAAGUCAGAUGAGGCUAAAGAUGAGAGCCAAUCUGAAGAGAAGGUUGAGAAAGAAGAAGAAAAGCAAGCAGAAGAAAAGCAAGCAGAAGAAAGCUCUAGUGAUAACAAGACUGAAGAUCUUUCUGCUGCAACCCAAUCUGAGAUUCUAAAAGAAUCAAACACUCAAAAUGGGGCCUUUUCUACUCAAGCAGCUGAGUCAGAAAGUGAAAAAGAAUCCCAAAAGCCAUCUUUAUCGAAGAACCAAGAAGUCUACAAGUGGAAGACUUGUAAUGUGACUGCUGGCCCAGAUUAUAUUCCUUGUCUUGACAAUUUGGAAGCCAUUAGACACCUUCAUGGUCGAAGCCACUAUGAACACAGGGAAAGGCACUGCCCAGCUGAGUCCCCUACAUGCCUUGUCUCUCUUCCUGAAGGAUAUAAAACACCAAUCAAGUGGCCUAGAAGCAGAGAACAGAUAUGGUACAGUAAUGUCCCUCACACCAAGCUAGCUGCAGUGAAAGGACAUCAAAAUUGGGUCAAAGUGACUGGCGACUACCUUUCCUUUCCUGGUGGAGGUACCCAAUUCAAGAAUGGAGCUCUUCACUACAUCGACUUCAUCCAAAACUCACUUCCUGAUCUGGCAUGGGGUAAUAGGACCCGAGUGAUACUGGAUGUUGGAUGUGGAGUGGCUAGUUUUGGGGGAUAUCUUUUUGAGAGAGAUGUGGUUGCAUUGUCAUUUGCCCCCAAGGAUGAGCAUGAAGCUCAAGUGCAAUUUGCACUGGAAAGGGGUAUUCCUGCCAUUUCAGCUGUCAUGGGUACCCAGAGGCUGCCCUUCCCAAGUAAGAUCUUUGACGUUGUUCAUUGUGCACGAUGCAGAGUCCCAUGGCACAUUGAAGGAGGCAAACUUUUGUUAGAGCUCAACCGUGUCUUACGACCUGGUGGCUAUUUUGUGUGGUCUGCAACUCCAGUUUACCAAAAUAAGCCCGAAGAUGUGGAAAUAUGGGAAGCCAUGUCUAAACUAACGAAGGCUAUGUGCUGGGACUUGGUGGUGGUCAACAAUGAUAAAUUGAACGAGGUUGGUGCAGCAAUAUACAGAAAACCAACAUCUAACGAGUGCUAUGAAAACAGACAACAAAAUGAUCCACCCCUAUGUGAAAAAAACGAUGAUCCUGAUGCAGUAUGGAAUGUGCAACUUCAAGCAUGCAUGCAUAGAGUCCCUGUCGAUGGAUCAGUGCGUGGCUCAAAAUGGCCAAAAAGGUGGCCAAAGAGGUUGGAGUCACCACCUUACUGGUUAAAGAGUAGUGAGGUUGGAGUUUAUGGAAAACCAGCUCCGGAGGACUUCACUGCCGACUAUGAGAACUGGAAACGAGUGGUGUCAAAGUCAUACUUGAACGGAUUAGGAAUCGAUUGGUCUUCUGUCAGAAAUGUAAUGGAUAUGCGAUCUAUAUAUGGAGGAUUUGCUGCUGCAUUGAGGGAUCUGAAAGUUUGGGUGAUGAACGUUGUACCUCUUGAUUCACCAGAUACUCUUCCAAUUAUAUACGAACGUGGACUCUUUGGUAUAUAUCAUAAUUGGUGUGAAUCAUUCAGCACGUACCCACGAUCCUAUGAUCUUCUUCACGCCGAUCAUCUUUUCUCUGAUGUCAAGAAAAGGUGCAAGUUACAAUCAUUAAUGGCAGAAGUUGAUAGGAUCUUGAGACCAGAAGGCAAGUUGAUUGUUCGUGAUACAGUUGAGACCAUUGCUGAGGUUGAAAAUAUGGCAAAAUCUUUGCAUUGGAAGGUUCGGUUGAGUUACAACAAGGACAACGAGGGGAUGUUAUGUGUCGAGAAAACGUUUUGGCGUCCCACAGAGGUAGAAACAGUAACGUAUGCCAUCGAAUAGAAGUCCCGCCUUCUGUGUCUCUAGAUUCCUGAAAAAAGGUAUUCUUUAUCCGUGUUUCAUUUAUAAAUUUAAUUGCAACUGUAAUUUGUUUAGCCACGUAUAAUUGUCGUUUUUAUAUGUUCUUGUAACGAUUUUGAACUUUUGUCGGCUUUACUGCUAUCGGGUUAGAAAUGUAAAACUACGAUAUAUUAUCAUAUUUAGCAAUGAAAUUAAAUUAUACAGUAUGAAAGUUAAAA